CAAAAUCAAAAUGGCGGGUGCUGCGGUGAAAAGAAAACCCGAUUCAAAUGUUCCGCCAGAGGAGAGUGACUUGCUGAAAAUAACUCCAUUGUAAGUUUUGGUACUCUUGUUUUAGCCGCCAACGUAAUAGUGUAGUAGUUUGAUCGUCGUAGCUUUCGUACAUUGUACUCAAUAACUGCUCAAUUUGAUCCAUGCCCAAGAAACGCGUGCUUUGGUGCUUUGAGGAAUGUACAAAACUUAGUGAAAUUGAAUACAACAAAACAGGGGUAAAGUAAAAAAUAUAACUCGGAUUUAAAAUUUCAUAUACACUUAUAUUGCCGAUCGAUCACAAACUUCAAGCCCUAUGCGUUUUUCGUUCUGUUAGUGGUUCUGAACACGUGCAUGCGUGUAGUUUUAUGCAUCAGUCAAUUCCAGCUGCGCCCAGCUUAGACUGUUCACAGUCCCCUAUUUUUCAGUGAGGUCGUCCCUGCGAACAGAGUCUCCUUCGAUUGUCCUCUUUCCUGACUAAUCUAGGAAAGAUCGGAGCGACUCUGCUAGCAGGGUAAGAUAUAGCGCGUCUUACCGUUAAUGGCGGCCAACUUGACUUUAAAAUGUGCGGGGUGGGCGUCGGGGAUUAUAGCUCUAGGGGGAGGGAGGUGAGAAAAACAGAGGGACUGUAAUAACAUCACUGCAGCUCACAUUCACGGAGCGCGUUGUACCAGCAACGCAGGCAUUUGAUUGGUCAUUAGACAAUAGAUGUUAAUUUGCAUUGACAACAGGGUUUAGUUUAAAUAGCGGACACUGACAAGCCAUUGACAAGUCGUCUUUUCUAUAAAACAUACCGUAAUGCACAUCUUGCGCAAACACACGAAGGAUUUUUGGUAUUUUGCGGAUGAAUCACGUAAAAAACAUGCUUUUGAAGCAGCCCGGCCAAGGGAAUGUUGUAACACAGUUUCUGCCAAACGAAUUGAAAUUUAACGCUAUGCCGACACAAAAAGAUGACCUGUCAGAAAUGCCUGGCUUUUUAUCGUGCGGGUUAACAGUUUUAAUCUGUGGUGAAGUGAGCAUGCUUAGCGCUUUGAUUAGGAAAAUGCUUGACCUGUGAGUAUUUUCCGAUUUGAUUUGGAGGGAUAUCCCAGAAACUGUCUAAAAUCACUGUUUCCAAAGGAGAUAUUUGAAAAUACGCGAAAUCAAUGCUAUGUUUUUCAUCGCCAGCAGAGUUUCUUAAUUAAUGAAUGGCAAAAGGUGUGAAAUUCCUGUCACGUCUCCUGAACGUGAGCUGCAGUAAUGUUAUUACAGUCCCUCUAUUUUUAUCACUUCCUCCCAAACCACCCCCCGUCCCCUAAGUAGUUUUGACACUCAUGCAAGGUGGCAGCCGGUAAGACCCACUAUAUCUCAACUAUUUCAUGGAAAAAUAGGGGACUGUGAACAGUCUACACCCAGCGCCCCCCCGCCGCCGUCCACCCGGGCUACUGUGAGGCAUUUGUUGCAUUCCGGGGGUGGGGCAUUUGCAGAUUGUACGCUGCCGGGGGGAUGGGCAAUUGCCAUCCCCAGGCUAUUCCCGAGCUUUUGACACGCACGCGUUUCCUAUCAGAAUUUAACAGACACCCCUUUUUCUUUGUCUUCUAUUGACAACAUGUUCAUUUAGUGUCAAACUGUAGCCUGACUAACCACAGGACUCUCUGGACACUGACUGAGUAAGAGAAAUAAAAGAACAUGCCAAGAAUUCCAAGUACUUUCAACAAGUUAAAAGUGACCUGUAAUGUGUCAUCGUCAGAGCAGAUUCUAACGCUGCUGUUCAAAUGAAAAAUAUAUUUUUCCUACAGCUCCAUACAUUUAUUAUGCAUACAUGUUUCAACUCUAUUCAUAUUAAACUAUUUGUGGGAAAAAGUAUGAAAAUGCUGCAUGCAUAAUUAAAUGUAUGGGGUUUUAUGGAAAUCGUACCUCUAAAUGUCUUGGAACAGUUGCCUUAUUGGUUCUUUACAGGGGUUCUGGGCAGGAGGUUGGGCGAUCAUGUCAUAUCUUGGAGUUCAAAGGAAAGAAAGUCAUGGUGUGUAUAGUGUAGAUGUAUAGGAGCCUGCGUAGCCGGUGCUUGGAAGUAAUAUGCAAGAAAGAAUGGGGUGUGCAAAAGAGACAUGCAAGGGGAAUGGGAGUACCUGCCCAAGAGGCCUUUGAAAAUAUUAUUGUUUCUCAUCACCUCUCGGGCAGGCACUCCCUCUUGCUUCGUAUGACUCUAUCGCGUACUCCAUUCAUUCUUUUCUCCAUUACUUCCAAGCACCUGCUAUGCAGGCUUCUUUAAUUUUUUUAGAAGCCCACAUUUCCUGGAGUUAGUGCAUUAUGAAGUAAGCAUGCAAGGGUUACAGACUGGUGUAGAAUUAAUUAAAGCAGCUGGUAUUUUUGUGAAAUUUUAUGACUCUAUACAUUGUAUUAGUUUUGGAUGGAAAAUUCGUCAGCAAAGAGAAUAACUGUGUGGGGAUUAAAAACUGACGUUCAUCAACCAAGUAUAAUGUUUGUUAUCCAUUUUAUUGUGAGAAAAAUGGAAAAUUGCAAGUUACACCCGUCUGAAAGCUACAAGUAGUAAGUAAUGCCAUGUAGUUGUUUAUUGUCUAAAAAAGUCUUAAGAUUCAUUAACUUGUUACCCUUUUUGUUCCAGCUGGACUGCGGCAUUCAUCCUGGAAUGUCUGGAAUGGAAUCACUUCCUUUUCUUGAUGAAAUUGACACAGCAGAAAUUGACCUCCUUCUUGUCAGUCAGUAAGUGUGAAGCAAGGCUGUCACUAAGGGCUGGAGACUGGAGAUUUCCACUGCACUGUUAUCAUAAGCAUGACCCGUGGCUACUUGCAUUAGAAGCAAAAAGGAAAAAAAGAACUUAAAGAACUUCUUAGCUGUUCUACGUGAUUGUAUUUUCCACUAUCAUUUAUUAUACCCAGUAACUUAAAAUCUUAGUCGCUGUAAUAUCAUCAUUCUGUAAUAUAGCAACUCCCUAAGACAGACACCAAGAGCUGGUGCAUAAGACUGACUGCUCUCAAAGAUGGGCAUACACUUUACAUUGCAUGUAUAGUACCAGUCCUAUCUUAGAGAGUAUUUUGGGCUGGUUAGUACUGUGUAAAAAAUCCUUGGCUUCUAUCUUCAGAUUAAACUAUCCCUAUUGUGUAGUGGGUGUUCAAAAAUUAUUGUAAUUCUCAUGCUGCCUACAGCUCAAGUUGCAAUUUGAGAGCAAGAUGCCUUGUCAUUUAUAUGUAUGUGCCAUACAGCUUGAAGUGUUAUACAUUUAUGCAACAUUAAACAGCACCUCUGCAACGUGACUGUUAGAGAUCUUUUAAAUGCAUGUAAUCAUUUGUUUUUGCUUUUUUGCAUUUUUAGUUUUCACUUGGAUCAUUGUGGGGCUCUUCCUUGGUUUCUAGAAAAGGUACAAGAAUUGAUUUAUCAAUUAAAAAUAAAUAAAUUUAUACUACUACGUGAGAAAUUACUGCAAUUUGAUUGGCUGAGCAGUGGUAUUUCAGCUUAAUUUGAAAUACCUACAUGUGAAAAUUACAAACCUUUUGUGGGUAGUAGUAUAGACAAAUAGUAGCAUGAUUUUUACAUGAUAUACUUCAGAAAUAUCAGAAUUUCCUAUUUGACUGUGGCUGGAAUUCCAAAUGUUUAGAGUAGUUUAAUGGGGCUAUGUCAUACUAAUUGCUAUAUUUUAAAAAGUGAAACUUUUUUCACAUCAGUUGGAUUCCAGAAAAUAAUGUAUCCAAUAAUAAUAAUAUAAACUUAACAUAUUUAUUUAUUUAGACUACUUUUAAAGGAAGGGUGUUCAUGACACAUGCAACCAAAGCAAUAUACAGGUAUUUGAACAUAUUAUAGUACCUUAGUAGACAAAAUUAUUUUUCUCUCUUUACAGCACUUUUUUCUACUGUUAUUCUUUUAAAUAAUAAUAAUUGACAUUAAUUUAUUAACAUUAAUUUGAUAAAUAAAGAAAUUACUGCUGGUAUAUUAAUUUGCUUAUAACUAUUAUAAGAUUUAGUUCUAAACUGGGGUUAAUGAGCCCUUGGCUAAGACAGCACUACAGUUCUUUCCUCACUUGUCCCCAGUGCACUCUGCUCUCCUCACCCUUGGAAUCAAGGCUCGUACAGUAGUAAAUACAUGUAGAUCAUUGUUAAGCUCAAAGUACUUUUACUUUUACAAUGGUAAGUGGUUGCUAAAGCUUCCAGUAAUUCUCCAAAGCAUCACAUGAUUCUCACCUUUCUUGCCUUAUGUAAACCUUUCAUACCAUGUGUACAGUAGUUAGCCACAUUUCAGUUUUACUCUUCAAGCAGGUACCUAGACUUGUGCUUGUUUUUAUUGGGACAAAUUUUUUCUUAUUAAAUCCUUGUCAUAAAGAUAUUUGUGUUACAGACAAUUAACUGUACAAUAGUGUAUGUUGCAAAGUAUAUGAUUGUCAUGCAAAUAAAUUAUGUAACUGAAUGGCUCUUUACUGUAUAAAUAAAUGAAAUAUAUUUCAUUAAUUCCUUAUUCAGAUGGUUACUCUCAGAUUAUGUCAAAGUUAGGUAAGCAAUUUAAAAUUGUCAUGGUGCAUAAUAAUAAACAUGUUGUCCAUGGUUUAUUAAAGUUUGACUCAUGUACCUUAGAACUUGCUAGAGGUACCCUGUAUCUAGAUCAAGGUUUACAUCCUAAAAUCAUUCUAUUCUUUGUAAGCAAGUCUUCUUCUCUUUUUCAAGGUCUACCUUGCCCUAAAAUCAUCAUAUUCCUCGUAAGCAAGUCUUCUCCUCUUACUCAAGGUUUACUUUGCCCUAAAAUCAUCCUAUUCUUUGUAAGCAAGUCUUUCUUCUCUUGUCCUUUGGUUUUCCUUUUCCCUUGUUACACAGAUAUUCUGGUAUGUGUAUUUGGUGCUGUCUGAUACUGUUGUCAUUCACAGUGUAUGUUGAAGUAACUGAUAAUGGCGUGUACUUUUUGUAUGUGUAAAUCAGUAACAUUGCAACAGAAGACAUGCUGUACACUGAAUCAGACCUGGAAAAAAGCAUGGACAAGAUUGAAACAAUUCAUUUUCACCAGGUAUGGAAACUGUAAACCCUUUCUCAUUACAGUGGCCAGAGAGAAAAUAUACCAAAAAAAUUCAAAUUCAUUUAUACACGUAUAAAUGCUAAUAAACUAAAAAAAGUAACAUGCAAAGUAAAGAUCUAUCAAUUGUGGAAAUAGGUACAUUUGAUUGGUAACACCAAAGGAUUACAGCACAAAUUAAAACAUUAAAGCGAAAAAUCAUACCACCUUAACUCAGACUAGAAGUAAAAGGGGUACCCUCGAUUUACCUUAUAAUAAAUAAAAUAAUGAUAAUAUAGAUUAUUAAAUUUUGACAAACUACAACUUAGCAAUAUCGUUUGAUAUAUUAUGACAGAGUAUGAUUUUUUUGUAUGCUUUUUUAAACUUAUAGUCAAUGUAUACCAGUACAAACAUGAGAAAAUUUUCAAUAUAAAAAAAAAUAAAAUGGUGUAAAAUAAUGAUUCAUUUCAUAAUUAUUUCAACUCACAUAUUAAGUUAAAAACCUAGCAAAAAGCUUACCCUUAUUGAUCAGUUGAUUCCUCGUUGCGGUGAGAACAGAUUUUACCUACAACAAAUAAAGUUGUAGUUGCUGUACCAUUCCUUUUCAGUGUUCCAUCUAGGGGUAACUUGCACUUGAAAAAUUCCUUGCAUUAAAUAGGGGCUUAAAACCAUUAGAAUCUAUAACUUGGCAUUGUCUUUUACAGGAGAAAGAAGUCAAUGGAAUAAAAUUCUGGUGUUACCAUGCAGGUCAUGUUCUUGGUGCAUCCAUGUUCAUGAUUGAAAUUGCCGGUGUAAAGGUACCUACUUCCACGUUAGUUGUCAAAAUGUUGGUCACUAACAACAACAGUCCUAUUUAGGAUUACAUAUAUACUGACCAGGAAAAUAUACCUACUUUCAUUAUUUUCUUGUUGGACAGAUUCUUUACACUGGUGAUUUUUCCCGCCAAGAAGAUCGUCAUCUUAUGGCUGCUGAGAUUCCCAGUAUUUCACCUGAUGUCCUUAUCAUUGUGAGUACGAAAAAAAAAAACAAUAAUAAUUAUUUAUAGACAUGAUCAAUGCUUAAUCCCUAUUAAUAAAUCAUUGUUAUUAAUUGAGAUUAAUAGAGAGUACAGCCAUGUUUCAAGAGUCAAGUCAAUUAAGUCAUCAUCACCAAAUAAAAUUGGCUUGAUCUGCUCUAAACAUGAUUCUGGGGGAAAUUCUCAACUUUAUUUUCUAUGUGUGCUGAUUGGUGAAGAGGUACUUGGAAAACAGCCUUAAUUGUCUGAUGAUAAUCUGCAUUGUUGAUAAUUUGACCUGCAAAAUGAGUCUCUUCCUGAGCUUUUAGGGUGCUGUAUAUUUUUGGGUGCAAAAUGUAUUGACUUUUUAAUAUUAUUGAAAUACUUAGGAGUCAACUUAUGGUACUCAUAUUCAUGAGAAACGAGAAGACAGAGAAAACAGAUUUACAAGUAAGCUCAAGUUUCACCAAAUAUUUGUGUAUGGAUAGUGAACAAAUGAAGAUUGUGCACUGUACAGUGCUAAGGUGUUGUAUUAGAAUAGUGACAUUUUUUUGUCGAACACACUGAAACUUACAACACCUAAAUAUCCUAAUGUAUCAUGUUGUCUAGUGAAAUAAGUAAAGGAAUAGAAAUGACGAUUCACGAGGAUCAAGACAAAACAAAUGGUUAUAAAUUAAAAUAGUAAAUCAUGCUCUCAUUAUCCCAUCCAUACAGCACUGUAAGUUAAGAUGUUAAUGUAGAACGUCCAAGAACUGAUAAGGUUAUGCUUACAAAUUAUACAUGUACUGCUGUUCAGCACCAAACAAGUGCGGUGUAUGUGUUAUUAAAUUUUUGGACAUUUUUUGUGAUCGUAACCAAAGAAAGUUAGUUUAAUGUUUUAGGUUUUUACACACUGCUAAGAUUCAUUGGGUGAACUUAUUCCUAUCUAGAGCUGAGAAAGUCUGUGAGAUAGCUCAGGGUAUACCACUUAACUCACAAGUAAUUAUUUUUUCUGUUUAGGUACUGUUCAUGACAUUGUUAAUCGUGGUGGACGAUGUCUAAUUCCUGUAUUUGCUCUUGGUAGAGCUCAAGAACUACUUCUUAUUCUGGGUAGGCAAAAUACAUUAUUUAACUCCUAAAUCAUUUGAUUUUUUUAAAGUAAACCAAGUCAUCACAUACAGGCUUGGUCACUCUUAGCUUACUUGCGAACCAGAAAUGUAAAUAUUGUAAUGAUAUUAAUAACUAUUAAUAAUUUAUUAUUAAUAUACAUGUGAUAACGCAGUUGCUUGUGGGUUAAGCUAUUUUCAGCUGUACUACACAUUUUCUCAAAUAACACUUCAAUAUGAUAAUAUCUAAGUGAUUGAUAGAAAAGAGAAUUGAGCUUAAAGCAUGGUUUUAACAACUUAGGUAAUUCUUACCUAAAUGCCAGCAAUUCUGUCAAACAUGAAGUCAUGUGAGCAUUGGUCUGCCUGCAAAUUUCCUUACAGCCUUGCAAUGACCAUACCGAAUACUCUAUCUGUUUGUAUAAGAGCUAAUCAACCCACCUUGUUCUGUUCAGAUGAAUACUGGCAGAAUCACCCAGAGCUACAUGAUGUUCCAAUCUACUAUGCUUCACAACUGGCAAAGAAAUGCAUGUCAGGUACUUGUGUCAUUCUGUAACUGUUUCUUCUAAAGUAAAGGGACUGGAGUGUUUGGUUUCAUAAAAGAUGUGUGUAAUCCACUCAAUUUGUUCUUCCUUCAUACAUUAGACCAUUAUACAAUAAUGUUCUUAGUAUCCUUGCCAUUGAAUGAAUGUGAGGUUGAGGUUGACCUUGUUUUGAUACAAACUUCUCUCCUUAUGGAAGUUAUACUUAAAAAUACUAGGUAGCGUAAGAACAGCACGAUUUCCUUACAUUGUAAUGAAGCAGAAAGGGUUGUAUCAAACCCCAGCCUCGUUUCCAUCUACAACUGUAACAUGGGCUACUUUCCCAUAGUCUGAGUUUUCCAACCAACAAGUGUAAAAUAAUGCAAGUUAAAGAUUAUUUUAUUUUCCUACUUGCACUUUCUUGCAGUUCCUUUUAUUUUUAUUUAAUAGAAUAGCAAAUGUAAUCCCGAUAACUGAAUCCAGCUUUUUUACUCCAAAGAUACUCUUGUAAUUCAAAUCAGAAGUCAGUGUUCUUGUUAAAAGUUUGCAUAAAUUAUUAUGUACAUGUGAGGUACCCAAUACAAGGCAUAUUAUUAAACUUCUUCCACUAUAUUUCAAUUUUUCAGUGUUCCAGACUUAUGUGAAUGCCAUGAACGAUAAGAUAAAGAAACAGGUAUUGUGCACAGUACAGUAACAAAAUCAUUAUCACCCGUCCGCCAGGUCCAUGUGGGACCUUUCUUUAAUUUUCUUAGGAGAGAUUGGGUACCAAUUCGAAGGAGAUGCUUUUUUGAAUGAUGGCGCUAAUUUAUUCUUUCAGGUUUCUAAAUUUGAUUGCUUUUCCGUUUUCUCUCCUUAUUUGUGAAUUUGCAGCAAUUAACUCGGAAGCUCUGCUAGUUUGGAGUCACUGGACACUUGUUUAAAAUAUCUACUCUUUUGUUCCUGUAUUAGUUUCAUGGUCUGUUCCUUUCAAUUACUGCACUGUUUUUCUGCACCCUCUUUCCUCUCCUGCCAGCAUUUCCUAAAUAGUGUGACUAAAGUUGUUGUUGACGUUACUUCCAUCAGAAAACAAAUGGUAGCAUUAAGAAUUAGGCGUUUUUUUUUUCAAUAUUUCAACAUUAACAACGAAAAAUACUGCCCUACUCGCAAGUAGGCUAAUCUAAGCGGGUAGAGAAAAUCAAAUACGUUGUAAUGCACUAAAAUAGUGUUACUAAAGUUGUUGUCGUUGUUGCUGUUGUUGACGUUACUUCCAUCAGAACACAAAUUGUAACAUUAAAAAUUUAGGCUUUUUUCAUGACGAAAAUCUACAAACUGCUCUACCCCAACCCACAAGUAGGCUAAUCUAGGCGGGUAUAAAAUAUCAGAUACCCUAUAACACACUGAAGGUACAAAAAUAAACAGCAGUGAAACCGAAAAUGUUUGUAGUAAAAAUGUAUAAUUCGCUUUGAGCAUAUCCGUUAUUAUUACAAGAUUCAGAAAACAUGCUAUACACUCUGUUCAAUUUUUGUAUCGCUGUAUUCAGUCACUGUUGCCAGAGGCCGGGUUUAAUUCAUGCAUUCUCGAUUACGUGCAGUACCUUGUGCUUUUAUCGCGAAUUAUCCCCAAUAGAAAGUACAACAAAUGUUAUUAUCAUAGCCAGAGUUCCCACUCGUGUUGAAAAUUACUGGUCCUUAGAACUUCCAGUCCCAGGGACUUAAGAGUCCUUUUUGCUUUUACAGGAUCCCCAAACUCUCUUUGUGUGGAUGUGAUUAAAAGAGUGGGAGGGGGAGAGGGGAUGACUUUGGAAACAUUGUUCUGUAUCUUUCUUGCAUUAAAAUAGAAUAAAACUGAAAUCUCUCCUUGAUUGUACUUGAUUGUACUCAUCUUACAUGGGGCCAAAGGUUGCAAAGAUGUACAAGUAGUAACCAGUCCUUGUGCGUCCCUAGGACUCUGGGGCUUAAAGAAGUGUGCGUCCCUUUCCCUUUUUUUUGUAGCAUACGUACAAGUAUGCGUUAAUGGGAACCCUGAUAGCAUUGUUUACAAUGUAUUUGCUGUUUCUAGAUUGCCAUUUCCAAUCCUUUUGUGUUCAAACACAUAUCAAACCUAAAGGUAAGCAAUUCCAUUUUUGUUGUCGUCAUGUGCCUCCCGUUUGCUGUUCGGUGUCGUCGAUAAUCGUCUGGUCUUUCUGAGCUGAACUGUAGUUUUAACCUAUAUUCUCUGCUUAAUUGAGAACUUCAGUUUCUUCAAUUUCAGUCUACUUUAAAACAUAAGAGUCCCCGUUUUCUCGCAGGGGCAUGAAAAUGUACAAGUCUUUCAUAAUUGGGAACUGUAGCUUGCAUUCUCUAGUCAAGUAUUUUUUUUAAAUUUGUAUUUCAGUCUUCUUUAAUUUUACUGUUUAUCAAGAGUGAUUUUUGUUCUUUAGGGAAUUGACCAGUUUGAUGAUAUUGGACCGUCUGUGGUGAUGGCAAGCCCGGGAAUGAUGCAGGUCUCAUUUUGAAAUUUAUGCUUUGAAUAGGCCCUCAAAUUUGUAGACUACAGUACUCAUACCAUGAUUUUCUUUUCUUUUCUUUUUUUUUUUUUUUUGGGGGGGGGGGGGGGGGGGGGGGGGGGAUAAUUUAAUUUACAUUUUUUUUUGGAAUGUUUUUUUGGGUUUUUUUUAAAAAAGUUGUUUUUUACUGUACAAAAAAAGUUUUUUGAAAUUUUUGUUUUUUUUUGAGAGUCCACAAACCAAAGUGCACUUUUUGUAAUUUGGAGUGUGAGGGGAAAUUUUUUUUGCGGUUUUGGGCGCCAAAAAUACGUAGUUUAUGGUGCGCGUGUGGUUGUUUUGGGUUUUUCUUUUUUUUUUUUUUUUUGUUUUGUUCAUUUUUGUUUGUGUUUUGGGUUUUUAUUUUUUUUUUUUUUUUUUGUUUUUUUUUUUUUUUGGGGGGGGGGGGGGGGGGGUGGGGGAGGGGGCAUAAGUAAAUGACCAUCUUCUAUAGAACUGUUUUUUGCUGUUUGUGUAAAAGACGUGUUUUCUCACGGUACCAAAAAAGUCUUUGAAAUUUUUGCUUUUAAUCUGGAAUCCUCAAACCAAAGUGACCUUGCUUGAAUCUGUGAAGGGCGUGGUAAUUUUUGCUGCAGGUUAUGGCCACAAAAAUAGUCAUUUUCAUGAAGCUGAACUUAAAAACGAAAUCAAAUACCAAAAUGGAAGCUUUGAAAUCUCUUUACAUAAAAUGAUUUUUUUUGUUUUAUUAUUCCUUUUUUAAUGAAGGUGACCAUCCUUAAACCAAACGCAAGUAAUGCUUUAAAAGGAUUGGACUAGAAUGAAACAAAUUGACCGUCAUAAUCAGUCCAUCAUACGUCAAAAUGUAAGCAUCACACUUGCCUGCAAAACAGCCAUUAUUUUUCGCGUAGGUUAGGAACGCCCGCGCGAGGAUGCGCGCGAGUCGGGUCAAAGUGAGAGUAAAAACGGACAGUGAGAGGCUCCCGCGCUUUGCGUGAAAAUCUCGCGCCUCUGAAAAGCUGAUUUUGAGAAAAAUCGACUGUUUUGCAAUCGAGGAUCAUUCCGACGGAGGAAGAUCAAGCAAGGCGUUAGAGAUAAAGGCCUGACGUCCAUGGCUUAACAGGGACGAGGGAAUGGAGCUACCGAACAUUAAUGGUGCACCGCCGUAAUCACGUUAAAACGACCGUUCUACGGUCAUGUCACUGCUUUUUAACCACUCACAAUCGUCCCGUCUGAUGGGGCUGAAUAAUUCAGUCGAAAUGUUUCGGUGAGAUUUAUUACGUUCCUGUCAGAUCCUUUCGAGUUAUGUAUCCGAAACAUGGGGUAAACAUGUUCGCUUCUUUUUAAUUUUCUUUAUUAUUUGAUCUAUUUUUCGUAGAGCGGUUUGUCACGCGAGCUGUUUGAGCAGUGGUGUACUGAUCGUAGAAAUGGUGUAAUCAUUGCUGGCUACUGCGUGGAGGGAACACUAGCUAAGGUAUAGGCAUUAUCUUUAUUUCAAUUACAUGAAUUGUUUUAAACGUAAACCAUUGCUCUAAUCUCUUGCCCCAUAGGCAUAAGUUUGCAGACAGAAAAAUUGAAAUUUGAGUUUUGAGGAAAUGUGAAGGUAUAGGAGUUUAAAAUUGAAUGUUGUGGUUUAGCAUUCUUUGUGUACAUGUAAGUGUAUUGCUUUUGAUUGUUGUUUUAUUUCCUUUCUUCUUUGUCUUUAUCUUAUUUUUUCUAUACCAUGCAUGUAAUUUCUAUUUUUCGUAGCUCCUUGUCUGACUCUAAAGAUGAUGGGACAGCCCGCUUACUUUUGAAAGUCAAAGGACUUUCUUCUCCACCUUUCUCUCCUUCUUUCUCCCCUUCUUUUAUCCUAACGAUAAAAAUUUGCGAUUACACACCGCAAAAACUAGCUUCGUAAAUGCAAACCUAUGGAUUUUUUUAACUUCUCUCUAUUCCUUAAAGAAUUCACAGUAAUUACUUUGUUGAUGAUUUUGUACUUGUUUGUGUUCCAAGACAUUGAUGUCUGAACCUGAAGAGAUUGCUACCAUGACAGGACAGAAGAUUCCACGGAAGUGCUCCAUCGGUAAAUAAUACCGCUUUGAAAUAACACGAGUAAGAGUGUUCCAGUAAGAUAUCUAAUGGCUAAGGCGUGAGUUGAAUGAACAAGGCGCACCGGAAUCCUUGUCAGUGGAUGUGAAUCAAUGCGCAGUGACUCCUUCAUCUGAAUGAUUCGCUCCGACAAAAGUCUUACCACGCGAAACAUCGGUAUUACAGUGAUUACAGUGCUACGAACUCAACCGGAGCCGCCCAACAUUUAUCGGCCUAUCAUAGGUCAUGUUCACCACAAAUGAGUCUGACUUUGUUAGCUCGUUAGCAUAUGUAGAAAAGAACAUUUCUUUAAAGCGACUCCGGCUAGGUUCGUUGCACUGAGCGAAAUGUUUUAAAGAUUUUUAUGUCUUUUUCGUGACACAGGGUAGCUUGCAUGUGUACAGUUAACUUGUAAUUAUCAUAAUUACUUCUUGUUUCAGCGUAGCAGAAAAUUCAUGUGUACCACCAUAUUCAUUGAUGUUUUUGCUUACUUCGUUUUUUGCAGAUUACAUUUCCUUUUCAGCUCACACUGAUUUUGAACAGACCAGUGAAUUCAUUCGAAUUCUUAAGCCUCCUCACAUUGUAAGUACCAAGGGUAGUAUUUAAAAGAGAUAUUAACCCUUUAUGCCCUGAGUGAUCAGCAUCAAAUUUCUCCUUGUAAUAUCAAUGCUCUUUAAAACAGAGUGGUCAUGAGAAUUACGGACAUGAUCACACAAGAUGAAUUUGCUUGAUAUUUUAUCAACCUCUCCCCAUUACCUCUGUAGGAAAUGAAUAGGAACAACAAAUGAGAAAUCAAAUUUUGAUCUUAGAGUUUGAGGGGGUUUACGUUAACUCUCUGAAUUCCCAAAAACGGUCGCAAAAGCAAUAGUAAUCUGUGCGCGUGAAGAGAACACAAACAUGUUGAUUUUUCCUUCUUUUCUUCUUGCUUUGGAAUGGCUGUAUUUAAUUUCUACCCUUCAUAAUACUAAGGCAUAUUUUUUAUUACUUUAUAUUGCUUUAGGUACUUGUACACGGUGAGCAAAAUGAGAUGGGCCGACUCAAGGCUGCUCUUAUCCGAGAAUACGAGGACAACCCGGUAAAAUCUUAAUGACACUUGAUUUAAUAUCCGAUUCGAACGCUUUGUCUGCUCUUGUUUCUAAUUGGCUGAUUCACAUGAACUGGGCUGUCUCGAUUUGCCGCUUAUCCCAAUAUUACACGAAGCGAGCCAGCCCAGAGCCGCCAUAUUUACAGAGAGGGAUUAAAGCAGUGCGCAUGAGUAGUGCGUAGCCCGCUGUCCCGUUGUUAUGUCCCGUUGCUAGCCUGUUCCAGGCGUUCAGAUAGUGAGCGCGAGAGAAAAAUUCACGAAGAAAAAAAAACGAGGGGAGGCUAGAGGGAGACAGGGGCUUAUUUUCUCUCGAUCCCUAGCGAACCCGGAAGGCUCGGUUGUCGUGUAGUCACUAAGCUGAUUUUUGUUGCGUUUAACUAAUGUGGCGAGAUCUUAGCAAAUCAAGCCAGCUCUAGAAACUGGUCAAACCCGGUGCAUGUAAUCAGGCCCUCAAACUUAAAACUACUGCGACCACAACAGACUUGAAACUAAUUCUUUCCUUUUAUUUUGUCUGUAGGACGCGAGUGUAGUGGUUCAUAACCCCCCUAACACUCAAAGUGUGGAGCUUUAUUUCAGGGGGGAGAAGAUGGCAAAGGUAAUAUGCAAGACACGCAUUGUCUCGCAAACUUCUAAAAAAAAGAUAACACUUUAUUGCGCUAAUUGAAGACAUCAUUUAUCCAUAAAUAUGACCGGACCUGUGUCCAGAGUUGGUUGGCGCUGAUAUGGUUCCCAGGCACAGUAAAUAUGCCUUGUUGACCAAGCAUGAGGUCAAGAUAGCCAUCUUGACGGGACAAGCUUGGUCAAUAAAGGAUUUAUUGUAUGGCCAAAAAGAUAACUUUUUCUUGCAAGACCGACGCGGGAAAUCCCGAGCGGGCAAGAUAGGCCCAUCUCGUCCGCUCGGCUAGCCGAUCAGAAUACAGGAUUCGCUUCAUCUUGCCCGCUCACGGAUUAAGCCAUAUAGAAACCUGUCUUAAAGUUCACUUUUUGUAGGUUUUUGUUUGAGUUCUCGGUAACCGUUCCUAACCUAGACACUGCCUGCUGAAGCAGGGCUAAGUAGCCGUGCUUACCCAGCAAAACCGUCUGAACACGCCUUUAGUCGUACGAGAAAGGCUGCUGAUCGAAUGUUAAUGACGAGCUACAAAUUUGUCACUAGUUAUCUAGUUUUGUAGCUAGGGUCAGUACUUUUUUGCUUUUCUUGUCAGGUGAUGGGAAGUUUAGCGGCGGAAAAGCCUGAACAUGGAAAACCUUUGUCUGGGAUUCUUAUCAAGCGUGGCUUUAACUAUCAUUUGAUUGGACCAGAUGAUUUACAAAGUAAGUCAGUGAACGAGCUUGUUUAUGGAAAAGUGGUGCGUUUAACCACAAGUGCCGCAGAAAAAAAAUAUCAUGUAAAAUGGAUAAAUUUUCUCAGAAAAUACUGACAAACAAAUCCUAUGACAUGCUUAUGUCUCUCCUUCUCCUACUUCUACCCCUUUUGUUUUCUCUCCACACUCUUUAUUUUGCCGCCAUACUCCGCUGUCUCAACGCGUUCAACAGGCUACGCUUUGAUUAGUACUCAAUCCACUCACUCAAAAUAGUUGUGGUUACACUGAAUCUUUCCCCUGUCGGAUAUGGCCUUUCACCUUGGAAUAAAUAAAUCUUUUGUGUGUGACCGCUUCCUCUCGAGAUAAAUGUACCUUCAGGUAUAACCAUGGAAAAAGUGAUCACGACAGCUACCGAAUUGUUUAUCAGCCUGAGUUGUUCAUUCCUUAUAAAUAAAACGAUCAAUCAGUGGGAUUCGCUAAUAUCGCAGCAGCAACUACAACCUUACAACACACCCGCUGCACACAAACCGAUAACCACUUUAAGACGACUGCUUACUAUUGUCAAGGUCAAAGACAACCAGAGGACAGACGUGGAGCAGUAUAAAGAUCAAAUGCUGCGGCUGCCAGUCUACUUACAUCGGUGAGACCGGAAGAAACCUUAGCACGCGACUGACUGAACACAAACGAGCGACAAGAAAUGGUGAUGUCAAUAAUCACAUUGCUGAACACCAUUUACAGACGAAACAUCAAAUCGACCUGGGACUCUGCGACGUGUAUUACGUAUUUCACAGACUACUAUCAACGACCCACUUCGGAAAGCUACUUAACUUAGAAAAAACGUCACUGAUUUGUAGUCAACAGUUACCGGCACCGUACAAACGACUUAUUGACGGACUUAGGAAAACCAACUACGAGAGAAUGACUGGACAGACGACAAUUUUACUAACAAUAAAAUACUGUUUACCUUGGCAGUAGACGGAUCGAAACGCACCAAUGACAUUACGAGUCUUCAUAGCCAAUAACAUCAUAGCUUAACUGACAGACGACCAAUAACGUCUCGACUUAAUUGACCAAUCUGGUCAAUAACCAGAGUUUAAUACCAUCAACUGACGUAAUACAAUUCAUUUUGACGCUGAAGAUAACUACCGCACGGGUUGUCGAAACGUCAGUCACUGGCAACAACAGUCCUAUCCAGGACUACGAUGACCCGGACGAUCAUAUGCAACCUACUUAUGAAUUGACUCCUGGGUUCAAACCUUUCACACUUCUGGCACUGUUACUGGGGACAGGGAAAAAUUUGAGAGUUUAAGCCUCACGUAAACGGGAAACGUCAAAUUCAAGUUGAGAAUUUUUCAAAAUAGAAAAUGAGCAGAUAAAAACGGUUCAAAACAAUUCUUAGAGAUAAAAAAAAAAUUGCGUGAAACUACUAAUAUAUGUGUAGAAAUAAUGAACAGUAAACGACAAUUAAAGGGGAAACUUGGUCACGUGGUACAAGUUCGCGUUUGCCGUUUGACGUCAACGUGAAGCUUAACCUCUCUGUUAUUGGCCAAUAGCUGACCGGCGCGUUUCCGGUAACUUUCCCAGGAGUCUUUGCAAUAGUUAACUCGGGUUUCCUUCUCCUUUCUAAUGUGGCGAAUGAUGUGUGUAACAACGAAUAGUGUUUACAACCACGUUUGUUACGUCUCAAACACUUGUUUUCAUCUGGCUCUCCCUUCGUAGUUGAUAAAACGCGUCAUUAUCAAUAUCUACAUAAAACCGAACGGCCUGGGCGGAGGUUGCUUUCACACCCUCUACUACCUCUAUUAAAAAACCCUCUCUACAAAUUGUUAACGUUUCUAUUUUUUUUCCUCAGAUUACACUGAACUUUCAACAAGUGUACUUACUCAGGUAUUUUGAAUUAAAUACUAAAGAAUGCUACGGGAAUUUUCCGAUUCUAUUUUUGUUUGCUGAUAUUUUUGUAGUCUAUUCAUUUAGCGAUAUUUAGACCAAUAUAGUUGUUAAAACAAAACUAAUCAAAACACGUGUACACGUAAAAGAUGCAAAUGACCAGCAGCGGCAGAUCCAAGGGAAGGGUCCGGGGUUCUGACUCCCUUCCCCUCUCCCCACCUAAAAAAAAUGUACCCAUCCGACCAAGAACUUUUUUUAGCAAUUUUAUGACUUAAGUGCUGUAAAAUUGAAAUGAUAACCAGUGAAGACCGGCACAUGAGGAUCCACGAAGUUGACGAUUACGGGAAAGUGACUUGUAAUUCGUCAUUUGCACAUCUCCCAUAAUACAUCUUGUUUGUCCCCAAAAAAUGUUGCAUAAGCAUUGCCUUCAAUUUCUCUUGGUAUGACUGUAAUACCCAGGAGUAAUUAAAAACGAAGUUAUGCAAAGUUUUGGGGGGGCAAACAAAGUGUAUUGCUGGAGAUGCCAAAUGGCAAAUAGCGAGCAAAGCUGAUGGACAUAAGGAGCUUGUGUAGACCCCUUCGUGUGAAGAUGGCUUGUGUACUGUUAGCCCUGGCAUCAUUGGCCUGUGUAUGAGAUUGGGUUGGUGUUGUCUCGCAUUCCAUCAUGGGAUUGUUUUGUGGUGCUAAUACUUCUUCAUUCGGUAGUGUAGGAGCUGCUCGAAAGGUCUUUCAUGAUUUGUUCUUUUAAACAAUAGUAAUUCAUUGUUUACCAUUGUUUUCCAGUUUGGGUAGCAAACUAUAAAUUGGCUUUCAGCUUCCAAGCAGCUGCUACAUGAGCCUCUUUAUUUACUAUUACGAGUAAUAUCAGUAAAUUUGUCCCCCAAAACGGUUCUUUUUUGUAGUUGAACACAAUACCUUAAAGGCGACCUCCAAUUGGCCAAUACACAGCACAAUAGAUAAAAUCGAUGACUAUAACUGCACGCUACUUCGAAUAAUGGGGACCUUAAGAUCCGACGACGGCGACGGCAACGGGAACUUCAAAACAACAAUAGGUUAAGAUUAGCAAAACAACAACUUUGCACGUGUAUCACGCUUUUUUGUACAUUUCUUUGCCAUCACUGCAUUACUACGACGAGAAAAUGCCUAAUUUCACGUUUUAUGGAGGACGUAAACAAGCUACUAUGAAAUUUUCUUUCUCAUUCUGAACUCGGAUAUGGUUUUUCAGGAAUUCAACUCCAGGAGAGUUUGCCUACAUUUGACAAAGUAAGUGAGUUGGAACUGUCGCGAUGAAGAUUGAAUGAACGCGAAUUCACUUUUUAAGCGAUGUUUUCGCUGCCGUCGCCGUCCUUGGAUCUUAAGGUCCCUACUAUAAAAAUCUUUGAAGUUUCCUUUUGUAGCCAAUAAGCCAAUAUUUUAGUCGAGAGCAGCACAAGAGUUUGAGGAACACCAUAGUUUCCUAUAUUUAUCCACUGAAUAGAAAUAGGCCGUUUCCGAGUUCAAAAGACUCUCACUUCUAGGGCGAGGCAAAGUGCAAAACCUUUCUUGUGAAAAAGUAUCCAGACUCUAUAAUUGGCUUAUUUGUUUAUUUGUUUUAUUUGUUUUGUUUUUGUUUUCUGCAGAAGCAGACAGUGGCUUUUCAUGGCGCUUUCUCUCUGCUUCUUCAAUGCUUAGAGAACUUAGCUGGUGAAGUGGAGCAGCUCACGCUUCAAGGAGGAAAACUAGCGCUGAAAGUUUUUAAAGCAAUCACUAUUAUUCAAGAGAAAAGAAGCGUUACUGUGGAGGUAUUUACUGUGCUGUGGUAAACUGCCCGAAAGGGAUACCAUUUUUAAGCUUCAGGUGUAUGAAAGGGUAGGAAUUUCGCGAGUUGAAGCAUAUGAAAGGCUAGGGAAUCUGCGAUUUAUAAAGUAUUUAAAGGGCCGUCAAUUAAAAUAUUUCGAACAGACGCACCUCAUGGCUGUAUAAAAAUUUAUUUAAGGCUACAUAUAAUGAAAAGAAGACUUAAUGUUAGUAGGCAUGUGAAAGGGGCACCAUUUUUCAAUAGAAGGUUUACGAAAGGGGUACCUUUUUUGUCAAAAGUGGUGUAUUAAAGAAUACUGGUAUGAGCCUCGGGGAGGGGGGGGAAGCCUGCCGUACAAAACGUUGUUGAGCACCCCUGAUCCCGGACUAUUACUGUCAUUCAUUUCUUUUUUGCUUACGAUUAACACAGGGUAUUGCCCAAAAAGAGCGCGACAUCACAGUAGAAGCAUUUGCGUCUUGUUCUUAUUUCUUGUGCGCAGGUUUAGUAAAAGGAACGCGGAAUUCGAAAAAUAUAUUUGAAGAACAUUACGUGACGUUUCGACGAAUUUAUGUCAAGAUUGUCAAUGCGAAGAAGUUUAACAAAGAUUGCGGAUGAAAUGUAUAUGAUCAGAAAGAAAGGAUCGAGACUAAACACUCAAGCGCAAGCGAAUUCCACUGCAUACGCGCAAUUUUUUCUGUUUCCACACUAUAUCCGCAACUUAUGUUUGUUAUGAGUCGUCUAAACCUCGUAUAACGUUGUUUUCGUUUAUUUUCUUUUCAAAUAUUCCAAGAAGAGCUGGGAAAACAUGACUGUGCGCGGUAUCAAAAUUAAGUUGUGUUUUCAAGACGCCACUGUUGCUAUCUUAAACUGUAUUGAUUUUAAUGUUACUGUUUUCAUUUUAGUGGGUGGCUAAUCCCGUAAAUGACAUGUACGCUGAUGCUGUUCUAGCAGUGAUUUUACAAGUUGAAUCCAAUCCUACUGCAGCCCAAGGUGAUUACUAUACUUCAAUGAAACCUCGCCUGACAUUCACCUUAACUGUGGUUAAACGAGUCAGUUUAAUUUUUUAAGCAAAAUAUCGCAUUUGCCCCAGCGUUUGUUUUGUACACGUUUAAGAUUUAUGAUGUAUGUUGCAUGCUGUAGUGGAACAGAUGAUUUUGAGUAAAAAAUAGGACCUUUUAAAUCCCUUGAUUGGUUUAUGUGCUCUGCAUUGCUAAAACCUCGAAGCCACUGACAACUUAUUUGUGGACUGUUUCCUUACAACAGAGAAACGUGUUCGGUGCAACUACAUCUUAUACCGUUAUCUACCUCCUUGUUUGUUGUUGUUGUUGUUGUUGUUGUUGUUGUAAGGCGCAUGUACAAUCGCAAGGGUAGAUAUGCUGGUCAUGGGCGUUUCACUGGCCAUUUAAACGGACUUGACGCAAACUCAAGGAUCAAAGUUUGUCCUUCUCUUCCCUUGCACUUGUGUUUAUCUGUUGCGCCUGCGUUAGUGGUCGUUUUCAUUUGACACAACACUUGUUGUUCUUGUGCCUGUUAUGUUCGCUACGACUGCUUCGCUUGAGAAAGCAAGGUUCGGUGUUGUCACAAGUGCAUUUUGGGACUGUUUCGGGAACGUUAUCGCUCAAUUGUAUGAAGCACAAGCAAAAAAAAGAAUAUAUCAGUAAAUUCUGUUCAUUUUUGUUUUUCUUCUCUUUUUUUUUAGUUGCUCGCUCCAAGAAGUCUGACUUGAGCAAGUUUCCUGAAAAGUAAGUUUUGGAGACAGAUGUGAUAUCCACCAUGCCACAACAGUGGUACAAACAAAAUUGUUAUAAUUAUAUAGCGCGCGCUUUCAUUGGUUCCUUCGAGGUCACACGACAUGAACAUUAAAAGCCAUUCCCGCCAAAAGUUUCCCAGUAGACAGCCAUGCAAAAUCUGUGAUGUCAGAGGAUGACAGUGCACUGUUAGCCGCGAAUUUCCACUUCUUGCUAAGAUUUACCUUCAUUAAUUUGUACGCUUAGGAAAGUGCAAAUUUAAUCAGUCGGUGCACGCAAAAGUGUACGAAUAAAUCAGUCAGCUAGAUACUGGCCUGGGCGCUCCAACGACUGAGCUAUAAGCUGGGCUUUCGCACACUGCUAGGAUCAACGAGCGAACUUAUAGAGCGUUUUCACCCACAUAGCCUGGGGUUAUGUAAGUUAUCAAAGCAAAAGAAAAGGUUUAGCUUAAAUAAAGUUCAACAGCCGCUCUUUGCAUUGUUUUCGGUCACCUUGUCCAAUAUGAGGGCCACGGUUUCAUCUGAAAGCGCUCUAUUGAUCUCAUCGACAAUCUCUAUUUACUUUGUGCCAGACUUGUGACACUUUUAAGGGGAACUUAUGGUAACGAAGCUGUAACUCGAACCACAAAAGGUGACCAGAUAUCCGUGCGACUGGACGGACAAACAGCUGUUAUCAACCUUGAUACUCUGGUAAGAACCAACACUAUUUAGAAUUCCUUUGUCGUAGGCCAGUCCUGGUGAAGCAUCUGGUAAACUAUUUAGAUUCCGAUCGCUGACUUACUCGGGCAGCUACACCUCAUAAAUAGAAAAUCUGGUGUGAUAAUAAAACCGGCAAAGAUGACCAACUUAGCUAGCAAUGCCGGGAAUAACAUCUAAGAAAAUCAGGAAAUAAAAUAAACUAUACUGCUCGAAAGAUUGCCCUUCUUUAAUGAUAAGAAUAGAAUUAACGACGAGGUGAGGCACGACUCCCUGCACAGGCUGUGGGAGUGACUAAGCGAGGUACCGUAAAAUUCCGAAAAUAAGCCUCGGGGAUAAAUUUUUCAAAGGCCCUUUUUGAGGGGCUUAUCUUUGAAGGGGCUUAUCUAAGGAGGGAAAUUUCGAUUAGGCUAGCUUAUGGUUGGAAGGAAAUUUACCGUUUUUUCUUUGUUUUACUUUGUAUUUGAGGGCACUGUUUUCAAGUUAUUACUAGUUUGAGGGGCUUCGAUUUGGAGGGGCGUAUACAUGGAGGGGCUUAUUUUCCGAAUUUUACAGUAUGUUAAGAAGAAGAAACAAGUCAAGGUAACGCAACAUCUCGCCAAUCAUUUUACUGCGGAUCGCUCUAGUGAAGAGAAUGAAGGGCUGGCGCUUCGAUCGUCAGCUUUUGCAUCUCUUUACGGUGGGAAAUUUAUUUCCUUUUGGUUUAUGACACUAAUUUAUUAUGAACUUAUGGUUGGUCGGCGGUUUCUUAUAGAAGCCAUCUGGCAGUCCAAUGCUGGCUACUUGAUCGAACCCAAGAAUCCCUUCGUCUACAUCUAGUGUCCAGUCUCUGUGAAGUUUCUGGAAUUACCAACUGACAUUUUCGCUGACUGUUAAUUUGAUUUCUUUUCUCUGGACAGGAAGUGGAUUGCCUUGAUGAAAGUUUACACAGCCAUGUUUCAUCUGCAGUGAAGCGUCUUCAUAAUGCCAUGGCUCCAUGUCACCCUUGAGACUUCCCUCGUUCAUUUAAUCUUACAGGUUUCUCUCAUCUGGGCCUGAAAAAAGAACACUUAAACUCUUUUUAAGACAAGCCCGCUUUAUAGGAUUACGAGCAUUCGUAAAGCGACCGACGUUUACUCAGAAGAAGUGAGAGAUUGGAGUGGUUGAGCCUUUCACUAUAUACUGGAACAUACACUCGUUUCCGCUCGCUCAACGGCGACGUAAAUUUCAGUAUUAGGUUAUUUUUUCUACAAAGGAAUUUACGUCCAUCAGUGCAAAGUAAACUUGUCUUUAAGGGGCGUUUGGAGGAGGAGAGGUGAAGAAAAAUCGUGGUGAAAGUGUUCUGUUAGUGAAUACAGCGUCUCUAACUUAUUAUAAAGUUGUCUUUGUUGUCUAC